AUGCUUCCAAAGCGUCAACCAAGACCUAAGAAAGGAUCAACAACCGAAACAACGGCAACAAAUACAAAUACAAGUACCGGCGUUCAGAAUGAUAGUGAAAUAACUCCAGAUCUUCGAAUUGAUAACAAACAAAAUUCGCCAUCAAAAAUACAAGCACCAUCUUCACAAAAAACUUCAGCACCACGCAAUAAGACACCACAUAUCAGCGAUUUUGAACAAGUUUUACUGAAGAAUAUCGAAGAAGAAAGACAGAAUUUUAAUGAAAACCAACAGCAUACAGAUAGAGCUCAUACACCAUUAUCUCAGCGAAAGAUUCAGAAGAAAAAAGCAACAUAUGCUGAUUCAUCAACUGAUCCCGACACAACUACAACAGGAAGAACUACUAUAGCUCUAGAAACAGAAACCAAUGAUCUUUUAGAUCGCAAUAUUAAAAAGCUAGAACCAACAGCGUUUUCCUAUUUUGAUAGAUUAGCUUAUGUCGACUACUCUAAGCCUUUAGAGGAGCAGAAGUAA